CGGUAUAGAGGUCGUGGUGGUUCUCGCUCGGUGCUUAGAAGUUAGAUAACGUUGUGCUCCAGGAGGAUGGGCAGCCUGAGCAUUGCGCUGCGUCUUCUUAACGGAGCCGCGGCAGCGCAGUCUGGGAAACAGCGGCUGCUAAUAUGUACUGGAGUCUGGAACUCAAUUCGGAGAGCUGGCAGUACCUCACCGCAGAACCCCAACGCUGCAAAGCAGCCACUGAAGAAACCCAAAACACCGCAAGGGCGACUGGAUGAAGCAGAGCAAUCCAACAUGGAAAAAGAACCUCUGCAAAGAUUUCCAGGCGAUGUUAAUCCUGUUACUAAGGAGAAAGGAGGACCUAGAGGACCUGAGCCUACUCGCUACGGAGACUGGGAGAGAAAGGGGCGCUGCAUCGAUUUCUAGACAAUUAACUGAUGGUGGCUGGUGGUCAUGGUUCAUAUACUCUUAUGGUAGUUGAUGGGGAAUUUUAUUUCAGGGUGUCAGAUAAAACUGGUGUGAAAUACAUUAUGUACAAAGACUACACAACCAUUUCCCCCAGUACUUAAUAUAACCAAAUAUAUAUGAUGUUCACUCCUCGUUCCU